AUGAAUUACGACAAGAGUUUAUUAUUACAUUCAACUCAACAUACACCUAUUAGAAAUAAAAGAAACCGGCAAUUAUUACAAAAAGAAGAUACGUUAAACCUUUCGCCGAUACUCAAUGAAACGUCUAUUUUUAACACUUUCAACGAUACAAGUUUAAGGCAAGUUUUAGACGAAGCUUCAGUAUUGGUGAGUUCGGGAAACGCCGGUGAAGGGCUGUGUGAAGCGUUUUUUGAAAUAAUACAGUCUGGCCGUACCAGUAAUGUUUUGGACACAUUGGCUAGGUUAGGUCAAGUUUGUUGCGACUCUCUCGAAUUAGUGGAACCGUGGAACAGAUAUAAUGCCCAAAAUUAUUGGCUUGCAGAGGAGGCAAAUACUUGGAAACUACUUCACUGUUUGUAUGCUGAUUCAAUAACAGAGCACCCUGAAUCGUUUGACAGUUUGAUUACAGAAAAUAGUCUAUCCCAGCAAACUUUGGUCAAAGCUUUAUUUCAAAGUGAUUCUGAAUUAAGGCUUUUACAGCUGUUGGUAGAUUGGUUGGAAGCUACAGCUGCAUAUCAAGAAGAAGCCACUAAAACAUCUGCUCCAGUUAUUGGUAACAACAUGCAUUGGGGUAAUACUCUUCAUCAACUAUUAAUUGGUUCUAGUUUAUUCAAUAAAGAGAAAAAUAAAGCUAUGAUCACAUGCAUGGACCCAGACGCCCCAAGACGUCAAAAAAAGUCAAUACAUUCAGAUGAUCAUAAAGAUGACAUAGAUUUGUGCAAAAGAAUAUUCACAGAGGUUCGUUGUGGUAAAUUCAAAGAAGCAGUUUCUUUGUGCAUUAGUGCAGGACAAGCAUGGCGUGCGGCUGUAUUACAAGGAUGGGCAUUACUUCACUACUUACCAAGAGAAGAUGUGAAUGCUCCUUUAGAAAUAUCAGGGAACCCAUCUAGAGAUUUGUGGAAAUGGUGUGCUCUUGGGAUUUCAAGUAAUGCCACUGAAAAUACCCAUUAUAGAGCAGCUGUUGGAAUUUUAUGUGGUCAUUUAGCAAGUGCUGUUCCUGCAUGCCAGAGUAAUUGGGAAGACUUAUUAUGGGCUCAUUUAAGAGUACAGAUAGAAGCCAGAGUCGAUAAAUUCCUACAUGAACACCAUGCCACAGUGGAAGCUAACACAACAUUACCAGAGGUACUGGAUAUGUUACAAACUGACCUUCGGGUUGAAGAAUUGUCUCUGCAACAAGUGUUCAGUGCUGUUAAAUCAUUGAUGGAUGGCAAAAAGGAAUCAUGUUAUCAAACUUGCCAGAGACAUCUCAUGCUGGGCAAUAUACGAGCAAUUAUGCAAGAAUCACUACAAUGGCUUGACAUUUCUGAAGAAAGAUUUAUUAGAUUCUUGGCUCAUUUGAUUAUAAUUUUGAGACAGAUGGGUAAAGAUCCCCAGCAUGAUGUUGGGGAUACUAUUUUGGAAAAAUAUGUGACACAACUUAUUGAACGACAUAUUGAUGGUUCUAUUGAAUGUCCUGAACUAAUUGCAUACUACACUUCAACGGUGCCCAUUGAACGUCAAAUUGUUUUAUAUGCUGAAUUGAUGGACCACAUACAUAAAAGUCAGUACAGAGAUGGUGUUGUUAAGGCAGGAGUUAGUGCUGGAAUAGAUGUAGCAGCAUCUGCUAGAGUAGCAAUUAAGAAAGCAAUAACUGAUAUUCAACAAGGUUAUGGCAAUUUGGAUUUAACAUUCACCCAAACUACUGCAGUUGAAAAAGAUAAGGCCUUGAUAGCAAAGGUUAUUUCAUCUCUAGAAUGGUUGUCCUUGAUUGCCAAUCAAUUGGAGGAAGCACUUUGGUUAAGCAAUGCUAUGAUCCGAACAUUCAUAUUUAUAGGAAACACUGAUGCUGCCCUAGCUUGUAUCAUUAACAUUAAUCAAAUGUUCCCAGAUUUUGUUAAUAAAGUUCAAACAAAUUCAUCUGAAUUGCGGGAACACUUGUGUUUAAAAGCUUAUUUAGAGUCUAUUGAGAGCUUUGCCACUUGGUAUAGACAUUUUAUAAGUGGACAACCCAAAGAUGUAGAGCCAUUACCCCCUGAUGCGUCAUUUUCUGAUAAGGUUCAUCAUGAACAAAGGUGUGCUAAAGUAGAGGAGCAAAAAGCCCGUUGGUUAAAUGCAGUGCAACACCAAUCACGUCACACGAAAAAUCUGCUUUACAAUGUGCUAUUAUUCCCUGGAGGGUGGUUGCAAGAUGAAAAUGAUAGCACUUCAUCAAAUAAUUUUAGUCAAGAUGAAAAGCAAGAUAGAACAAAGCAAUUAGAAACAUUGAGACGUCUUUGUAUUCCAGAAGUGUCAAUACUGUUAUUAAAAAUUCUACAAAGUAAUGAUGAUAUAGAAAGUCAUAAAGAAGCUCUCAAAUUGAGCAAUUUGAUUGCUGGUGAAAACAGGUGUCUCUACAAAGUGUUCACUAAGUCUAAGUUUUUAGAGGUACUGGACAGGCUGAAAGAAUCUUCUCUUUUACUAUUGGAGAAGGGAAGGGAUAUGUUUGGUUAUGAAAUAAGUGAUGAUUAA